CAAAUCAAUCCAAACCUAGUCUGCGUCGUGAUAUCAAGCUGAAAGAUGAAAUCGGUGAAGAGAUCAAGCUAGUUCUUUGGGGCUCCAAAGCAACACAAUUUGAUAUUCCAGAAGACACAACUUCAGAAGACAAACCAAUCAUAAUAUUAUUCACUGGAUGCCUUGUCAAACUUUACCGUGGUGAACUUAAUGUCAGUGGCUACUCAGCUUACCAUUGGUACAUAAAUCCUGAUAUACCAGAAGCAGCACAUCUAUUAAACAGCACACUGGGACAACCUUUCAAGAUUAAACGAGCUGGCAUUCCAAUUACUGAGCAAAACCAACCAGAGCCUAUUGCUAUACCAGAUUUACUAACACUCAGAGAAAUGGAAGAGAUAGAUCCUUAUGAAUUUCCGAAAACUGGAUGCCGCUGCACUGUAACUAUCAUCCGUUUAGCUGAAACACAAUCUUGGUGGUACCCAGCAUGCAAUUUCUGUCGCAAAUCGUGUCAACAAGAUGGUUCUUCCUACAUAUGCUUAGAAUGCAAUACCAUUGAUAAAUACUCAUACAAAUACAAACUUCCAUUCAUUGCUUCUGAUGGGACUGAAGAAUCUGAGAUGAUUGCAUUUGCUACUGUUGCUCAUCGUAUUGUUGGUAAACCAGUUGAAGCUGUGAUGAGAUCUUAUAGAAACAGGGAUAACAUUCCCGCUGACAUUGCAGCUAUAGUCUCGUCCAAAUUCACCUUUUCUGUUACCAUGGCCGAAGCUAGCUACCGCAACCCUAAGAAAUCAUACCAGGUCAAUAGUAUAAUUCAUAGCUAUGGCAAGCAACGUUCCCUUCCAUUCCACCCUCCCAAUCAAAGCUAG